AUGGGCAAGAAAAAGACAAAAGGCUCAUACAACGACUUCCUCGAAGACACGCGCCAUUCCAACUCCAACAACGAAAUCCGCACCACGCUGCAAACCUCAUCAAGUUUGACCCGCACCAUCUCACCGCCAGCGACUUUAGAACCACAGUCUCAUCAACCUAACAACACCCACAAUGAAGCCAAACCGAGAAAACCGCCUUUGACGCACUUCCUUUGCCUCCCUCUCGUCUCUGGGUCAAACCGUUCGCGAAUUUCCACGGCCCUCGACAAAGUCCGAAAAGAUGUCGAAGCUCUCACUCCCGUACCUCCAAAAGCCGUCAGGCCGGUGGGAACGCUGCAUCUGACGCUGGGUGUGAUGUCCCUCUCACCCUCACAACUAGAUGAUGCGACCAGGCACCUGCAAGAGCUAGACGUGGCGCAACUCCUUCGUGGUAUAACAACCCAGAAAAUUGCGGAGAGCGCAAACGACACGCCGACUGUACGCGAAGGCUUCGGCGCCGUCGCGAAUCCGACUUCAGGCCUAGAGAAUGCUGCGCUGGAUGUGGAUCCGAAUAGCCUGGAGAUUGAGUUGAGGGGGCUGGUGCCGAUGCACAAACCGCGGCAGACGAGCAUACUGUACGCUGAACCUCGAGACGCGAGUGGGAGAUUGUUAAGGUUUGCGGAGAGCGUGAGGAGCGGUUUUGAGGAGAGGGGGUGGGUGGUCAAGGAUGAGAGGGGGCUGAGGUUGCAUGCUACGGUGUUGAAUACUACUUAUGCGAAGCCUAAGGGACGAGGGAGAGAGAAGGCGCCGAUUUCGGUGAGGAGGGAAGAUAAAGGGAGGAAGGAUGGGGUUGAUGGGGAUGCUGGGAAGGAGGAUAGCCUUGAGCAGCAGGGCAUAGACGGUGAAGCUGAGAACGAAGAGAAAGGGAAAGCGGUAGAAGAGAGGAGUAAGGCACAUGGCCCAGACCCGAAGAGCUGGAUGCGCUUCGAUGCCACUUCCUUAAUCUCAACGUAUGCAGACUUCAUCUGGGCAGAGGAUGUGCGGAUCGACCGGGUGCAGAUCUGCAAAAUGGGCGCACAGAAGAUCUUGCACGAGGAAACUGGCGAGGUGGUUGAUGAGGAGUAUGAGGUCGUUGCUGAGAAGACAAUAUGA